CGACCAUUGGGCGGGAAUUCCAACGUGACACCACGUGGGUCUCCUGGUCAUGGCCAAUCAAGCAGUUCUGACUAGAUCAGGGAGAAAGAGAGCUGGUCUUGCUCCUCCUUCUCCACUCUUUUGUUCUAAGAAGAAGGAGGCAAAGAUUGCAUUACAGACAGACUCAGGAGGUGAUGAGGAGAAGUCUUGCAAAGACAAUCAACAGCAUCAGGAAAUAUUUAUAUGGGUUCAAUGUGAUAAUUGUCAAAAAUGGAGAAAAAUAGAUAAAAAUGCUACGGUUGGUGAGAUGUGGUAUUGUAGCAUGAAUCCUGAUGUCUCCUUUCAGUCAUGUGACCAGCCUGAGGAGGGAUGCAGUUCGCCAAAGACUGGCUGGUUGUAUGACGGAUUUGUACCAGGUGAACUGGUCUGGGCAAAGUUGAGUGCAUACCCACCUUGGCCAUCAAUCAUUACUCGUGAUCCUUGGUGCUCAAACACUUACGUUUCAGAAGAAGAUGUUGGUCUCCUUUAUCAUGUUGAGUUCUUAGGUAGGACUAGAUCUCACUGUUGGCUUCCACAAGAAAUGGUUGUGCCAUAUGAAGAAAAUUGUAUCAUUGGUGGUAGUAAAACAUGUCCACGACAUAAUUUCAGACAUGAUAAGAGGAUCCAGUAUGCGAUUAGUGAAGCUGAUACUAUGACAAGUUUAUCCAAUGAAGAAAGACUUGGAACUUGUCAGUACACAAUUGCACAGAAGGAGAAAUUGGACAAGUCAAACUGUAAAGCCAGGAAGCAAACAGAAAAGUUAAAUACGAAAUCACAGCUGUCACAAAAAGGAAAGAAUAAAGGUCAUCCACCUUCACAACAGUCCUCAUCUUCUGGUCUUGCCCCUUUGUCUCAAGUCCUAGAUUUAUUGAAAGUUCAGCCUUUACUAAGCAGCUUUCUUCUUCAAAGCAUUGCUACCGAUCCAUCAAAGAUUAAGAAGCAACUUAAAAUUGACACUGCACCUCAGGUACUAAAGAGCGAUGCAAAAGGCACAAAUGCUAAGACGAGUAAUGCAUCAACUCAAUUGAUUACUAAAGAUGCAGCAAUGGUAAACGCUAGAGUUAAAUGUAAUGCUAGCAAACAGCCAUUACAGCCAUCCUCUGCUGUUGCUUUAACCUCAUCAAGGAAUGUGGUAUCCACUAAGACUCGUAUUACUAGACCUAGAAAAAAGAAGAAGGAGGUUUCUACAUCCACCUCAAUACUUCAGUAUUUUGAACCUCAGACGCAGUCAAAGUGUCUAACCCAGACACCAGAAUAUGCGAAAAAAUAUGAAGAUGAUAAUAAUGUUGCCCUAGGAUUGCAGAAUGUGCCUUCUUUAAACAAAAAUGCUACAGCUCCUGUAUGUAAUAAAGGUGUGCAUUUAUUUUUUGUAAUUUUUAAUGAAAAUAAUGACUUCAAAAUAGAAUUGGUUCCUCCUUUUUUCUCUCCCCCUCUCUUUUCUUCACCUGAAACUAAUCAAAUACCUGUCAUUGAUUCAGCAGGAGAUCAAACUGUCCCAGAGUGUAUCUGCUUACAGGAUUUACAGGAAGAUGCAGAGCGUAAUUUGCUUGCGAUUGAGCAGAUGAUGUCUCAAUUUGAUGGAUCUAACAACUUGUCAAACUCUGAAGAUAUUGUUGAUUAUGAAAAGCUAGCAAUGGAGGAAAUGAUACAGAUUGAAGGUUAUAUAUUUCUAAGCUUUUUCUUUAUAACUAAUUCAUUUUUUAUUAACAGAAUUAAUGUCCCAAUUUCCAAAUCCAUAAACACCUAAUUCAUCAAAUUAAUAAUAAUUGUAUUCAUGACAUAUAAUUAAUUAUUUAUGAGCUUAAAAUUUAAUUAUCAAUCUAAUAAUGAACCUCAAUGAUGGCGACCAAGAGUGUCAUUUGCAAGAAAAACAGCAUUUACACGACGUUCUUACCUUCAGAAGCUCCUCCUGCGGCAUUUUUAGUUACCUCUCCAACCCCUACAAGUGGCCCUACCGCUACAUGAUCCUAUUCCUCAUCUGUUUUAUACGCUUUGGCUGUAACUACCUGUACGAUAUUCCUGGGAGCCUCGAGGGAGUCAUCAUUGAAGUAAUGAACCUGGAUACUACCAGUUACAACCUCAUAUACUCCGUCUACUCUUGGUCUGUAGUUGUAGCCGCUUGUGUUGGCGGGUUUAUCGUGGAUAAAUUCCUUGGCCUAAGACUAGGCCUCCUUAUAUUUAUUGUAGCCACAAACGUUGGUCAAGGGAUAAUAGUCCUUGGACUCACGACCAAUACCUAUUGGUUGUUGCUACUCGGUCGUCUCUUUAUGGGCCUAGGUGGAGAGGUUACUCUGUUUGUCUGUGAUGCUCUCACUUCCCUUUGGUUUGGAGGUGGACGUGAGCUCAGCUUUGUGUUUGCUAUCAUUGCCAUGUCUAAUCGUUUGGGCGGUGCUUCUUCCCUGUAUGCCAAUGAGCCACUGUACAAUUCCCUUAGAUCAGUUGGUGACAAUACUCAUCGUCUUGGCUAUGUCUUCCUAAUUGAUAUGUCUCUCUCUCUUCUUGGUAUAAUCUUUGGCGGUGUUAUCUUCCUAAUGGACAAGAGAGCAGAGAGAUGCAUCAUUGAAAGACAACUAACAAACAAAAAGAAGAGAUCCUUUUCCUUGAAAGACUUGAAAUCCUUCCAUCUCAACUACUGGCUAAUUGCAUUCACUUGUGCAUUUUAUUAUUCUGCCUACUAUCCACUUGUUACUAUCGGGCAGCUCUUUUAUAGUAACAAGUUUGGUUUGAGCACUAACGAGGCAAACAUUGCCAACAUGCUGAUUUACUUGGUUACCAUUAUUGGCCCUUUGAUAGGAUUAGUCGUUGGUUUUGUCGGUUUUCCUUUGCUCUGGGGUCUUGUUGGCAACACGCUAGCUAUAACAAUGCAUGGGAUUUUAGCUCUUUCUGGCGGUUAUUCUUACUUUCCAUUCCUCAUUUCCCCUUUUCUUGCCAUAGCAUAUGUCUUGUUCCACACAACCGUGUAUCCCUCAGUUUCUUUAGUUGUAGAUCAUGACAAAUUGGCAACUGCCUUUGGUCUAAUGAUUUCAUUGUUAAACUUGGGAUACUCCAUUGUCGAUAUCAUAAUUGCAUACAUCAUUGACAACAGAGGUUAUUUUCUGAUGGAAGCCUUCUUUAUUGCUUCCCAAGGAGUAGGCAUAUGUCUUUUGGUGAUACUAAUAAUUCGCGUGGCACUCAGUGGAAAGAGCAAAUUAUUAAUGUCUGGCUGUGAAGCAAGGCAUUUAGAAAAGGAGGCAAAAGAAAUGUAGAAUUUUUAUGGAAUUUUUUUGUGUUGUGUACAUUUUGAUAAUUGUGUUUAGUUUAUAAUUAUUUUUGACAUCGUGAUAAUUAUUAUUAUAACCAAUCUAUGAUAAAAAACAUUAAGUACAAAA